CCAAUACACGCCAUAUUUUGCCCUUUCUCAAUCGCAAUACCCGACCUACACUUUGCUGCUUCUGGUUCAUCUCCAAUCCUCCUCUCAUCCCCUCGACCUAGCCAGUAGCAUAUGAUGCCAAUCGCCAUGAGAGUUCUGUUGAUAAUCACUUCCCUAGCAUUUUUUUCCUCCUUAACCACAUCAACAACAACAAUAACAGCAGUCUACAGAGACCAAAUGCCAUGCACAAUGUGCUACUCCUGCGACAAUCCAUGUCCACCCCUUCCAUCUCCACCACCACCACCACCUGCUCUCCCUGAAUGCCCCCCACCACCUCCACCUCCUUCUCCUCCUCCUCCAUCGCCCCCACCUCUCCCUGAAUGUCCACCACCACCAGUGGAAGAAUGCCCAGCAUGCACCUUACCGCCUCAUGCAAUUCCUACUCCACCGCUGCCUCCUAAUGCAAUUCCUAUUCAACAGCUGCCUCCUAAGCAGCCUUAUUAUAACCCUCCACCCCGUGGUUCAUUUUAUGCGCCUCCAGGUCCCGGUUAUGGGAAUAACCCAACGCCUUACUUCCCCAAUUACAACCCUUCAUUGCCUUCUUCCACCUUCAACUCUGUCCAUUUGCAACUGCAGUCUGUUGUUUUCGCUGUUUUGCUUUCCCUGGCAGCUCUAUGCUUCUUCUAAGUAAACUAAUGUUUCCUUGAAUAUAUAGAACUCUGAGCAGCUCAUGAUCAUCAGCUAAUAGGAAUUUGACAGUUGACAGAAAUGCAUGCUAUAUAUUAUGGUAGAUAGUCCUGGAAAUGCCAAUGUUAGAAGAAGAAAAACAAAUAAGGUUUGUACUUACUAAUUAGUAGUAUGGAAAACAUAACUACUGUUUCAGACUCUACACAAUUACAUGGGAUAUGUUCUUUGUGUUCUUAUGAAUUGCAUAAUAAUAAUAAAAAUAAAUACGUAUUUUUCUUUCA